AUGGAUAUCACACAGUUUGUCGUCUCGUCCAGAGACAAGGCCCUGCUGUACGGCGACUACAGCACCUACCGCACACAGCUGGCGCACCGUCUGCUGAAUAUCCGGAAAAAGCUGCGCGUGGCCACGCGGCAUCGGGGCAAAUACAACCACAAUGCGAACAACAUCACGGCCGAGCAGGUGGCUGCAGACGUGAGCUACGCACGACUCCAACUGCUCACGGCCGAGCGCGCCUUCGCCCAGGCCAUGGCCAUGAAGGCGGCCCAUGCCUCCAACAAAAAAGGCAUCACCGGCCACACCCGCUCGCACAUUGUCUCGCGUCUCGACAAGGCCGCCAAGUACGCCGCCGGCCUGUCGGAUCUGCUGCAGGACGAUGCCAGCGGCGCCAGCGACGUUGACCGUCUGGAGGCGCGUGCCUAUGCCGCCAUGCUCCGGGGCGCCGCCGCGUUCGAGAAGCAGGCCUGGGAGCUGUGCUUGGCCAACUACGCCGCCGUCUGGGCCAUCUACAGUGCCCUCUCAUCCGCCUCGCCCACGCGCGCCGACAUCUUCCGCGACCUGCUCGCCGAGACCAUUGAGCCGUCGCUGCGGUACGCCGCCUACCAGCUCAAGAUGCCGCGCUCCAAGCCCAUCCCCAUCGUCGCACGCGAGGCCCUCCUGUCUGCCACGAGCGUCGCCGCCACGCCGGAUACGUCGGCGCUCGUCGCCUCUGUCAACCAGAUCGACCCGGCCAUUUUGCAGCCCAAGACGGCCGCCACGGCCGACGGCAUCGAGAGCCUCGAGGCGGCUGCGCCAGGGACUGUGGGUGGCGUCGUGGCCUCGACGCGCACGCUGACGUGGCGGUCGCGCGAGGUCAAGAUCGAGGACGCCGCCAUUGCCUCGGCGUGGGCCGCGCUCGACCUGGCCAAGGCACGCCUCGAGGCGCAGCUGGUGGCCGGCGGCGCCCGCAUGGCCCCCAAGGACAAGGCGGCCGCCUACGACGACGUGCUGACCGUCAGCCAGGACGCCGUCGACGCCACCAAGGCCGCCAUCGACGACCUGCGCAACGAGGGCAUUCCCCAGAGCGACCCCAGUGUGCAGCUCCUGUACAUUGCGCGCACCGCCGCCAACUACGAGAUGAUCAGCGACCGCAUUGGCCGCAACCGUGUCCUGACGGGUCCGCACGACGGCGCCGUCGUGCAGUCGGCCCCCGUCGUCACAAGAAAGGCCAAGGGCAAGCCGGCUGUGGCGCGCCCCGAAGCCCCUGGUCGCCUGCUGGCGCGCCUCAAGGAGAAGCUUGUCCUCUACGACGGCACGCUCCAGAGCCUCGAGACCGUCAAGGAGCUGCCCGGCGUCGCCGCCGACGUGGAGCUGGCCGAGCAGCUCGACGCGACCGCCAAGUACUUUGUCGCCCUCAAGUCGCUCGCCGUUGCCCGCUCGCACGCGCUGGCCGGCCAUGCGGCCAACGCCCUGGCCCUCGUCAAGUACGCCCACGACCAGGCGGAUGCGGCGGCCCCGGUCCUCGCCAAGGCCGCCACCGGCGGUGCGCGCAAGGCGACGGGCAGCGGCCAGACACAGGACUCGCCGCUGCGCAGCAUCCACGUCUCGGCCGACGACGUCGCCUUCCUGCAGGCCCUGCUGCAGGCCGAGCUCCAGCGGACUCGUGCACUGGUCGACAUUGAGAAACAGCAGCCAGCGGCUGGCGCUGCGGCCAGCAAGGCCGGCGCGCUGGCCCUGUCCGAGACGCUCGGCGAAUACCCGCCGGGCGCCGUCGACCUCGACAACAUUGUGUCCUACCCGCCGCGGAUACAGGCCGUGCCCGUCAAGCCCAUUUUCCUCGACAUUGCAUGGAACUACAUUGACUACCCGAGCAAGGCCGGCAGUGGUGCUGCAGCGGCUGUCAAGAGCGAGAGCAGCCAGCAGGCGGCACCAACGGCCUCGGGCGCGCCGCCGCCCCAGCAGGAACAGCCGCAAAAGCGUGGCUGGUUCGGUUUCAAGAGAUAA